UCCUCUUCUUCUUUUCUAUUUUUCACGGCUGCUUCCAUUAUCAGAAGACAACAGAGAGGAGAGAAACGAUGAAUACACACGGAAACGAAGAGCAUGAUGAAGAUAGAGAGGAGAAUGAGAACGGAGAAGAAGAAGUUUACUUAAAUGAAGAAGAUAUUCUUGAAGAAAUCAAUGUUGAUGAAGAAGAUCUUCCCGAAGCUGAUGAAGAUAUGGGUUCAGAUCCUGAUGAAGACGAACCAGAUGAUUCCAUGCACAUAUUCACAGGCCAUACUGGUGAAUUAUACACGGUGGCUUGUAGUCCUACUGAUGCAACCCUAGUGGCAACUGGAGGGGCAGAUGACAAAGGAUUUCUAUGGAAGAUGGGUGUUGGAGAUUGGGCUCAAGAACUCCAAGGUCAUAAAGAUUCCGUGUCCACUUUAGCCUUCAGUAUAGAUGGACAGUUGCUUGCCACAGGAAGCUUGGAUGGAACUAUUCAAGUGUGGGACAUGCCUUCGGGUAGUCUCAAGUGUACACUUGAUGGUCCUGGAGGAGGAAUUGAGUGGGUCAGGUGGCAUCCAAGAGGACAUGUAGUCUUGGCUGGGUCAGAGGAUGGCACUGUUUGGUUAUGGAACGCUGAUAGAAAUGCGUAUCUUAAUAUGUUCUCUGGUCAUGCUAGCAGUGUUACUUGUGGUGAUUUUACCCCUGAUGGUAAAACAAUCUGUACCGGUUCUGAUGAUGCAUCACUAAGAGUUUGGAACCCUAAAACCGGAGAGAACUUGCACGUUAUUAGUGGUCAUCCAUAUCAUACCGAAGGUUUGACAUGCUUAGUUAUCAGCUCAGAUUCCAGUCUCGCUAUUACAGGGUCGACUGAUGGCUCUGUUCACAUAGUGAACUUAAUAACUGGAAAGGUGAUUAAUUCUCUGCUAUCUCACACUGAAUCGGUUGAGUGCAUUGGCCUUUCCCCCAGCCACCCUUUUGCUGCAACUGGUGGCCUUGAUCAGAAACUCAUCAUUUGGGACCUGCAACGAUCAACUGUACGCUUAUCAUGUGAUCAUGAGGAUGGUGUAGCUUGCUUGGUAUGGCUAGGAUCAUCUAGGUAUGUGGUUACCGGAUGUCUAGAUGGUAAAGUACGAGUAUGGGAUAGCCUCUCAGGGGAAAGUGUGAAGACAUUCAACGGUCAUUCUAAUGCCAUUCAGUCCCUGUCUCCCUCUGCAAAUUUAGAUUUCCUAGUUUCUGUUUCUAUCGAUCAAACUGCUAGAGUAUUUGAAAUUGCCGAGUUCAAACAGUGAAAUAGGUAAAUCUACAUGUAUACUGUCAAAUAGGUGUUUAUGUUUGGUUAAUCAACACUUUAUAUAAGUAAUACAUUUUAUUACUCUUGCAAGCA